CAUUGACUUGCGAUAAGAGUCCGACGGGUGCCUCCUCUUUUUCUAUUCCUUUUUUGUUCCUCACUCUUCGAUUCCCUCUCCCAACGCCUGAUAUUUUUGUUUUUCUGUCCUAGGAUCGUCUGUUUAUGUUCCCGCACAGGAUCGUCACAACGCUGCCGAGCCUGCUGCCCAUCAUCCACGAGAACGAGGAAGUGGUGCCCCCUGCGAUACCGCGUCUCGUCGCACCAACCAUCCCGCCGCCGUCGUACCGCAGAGGCGGCGCCGAGGUAGACGGACUGUGGUUCGACGGCAACGCCUUUGCCGCCGUCGCCGACUACCUCAACAACCAAGAGCAGGGGCUGCUGUCGUCGCCCGGCUACGCCAGAUCCUUUUACACGUCCAAGUCGGACUACGGCGGCGUCGCCAUGGACCAGACCCUGCCCGCCCGGCCGUACGAGGACUAUGACGACGACGAGCCGCCGAGGGUGCGGUUCUUGGACAGAUGGGGCUGGAGGAAGGUGGUGUUUGCCACGGUCGGCUUCAUCUUGUUCUUGUUGGUGUUGGGGUUGGGGACUGGCUAUGGGUUGCGAAAUAGCGGCCCCACGAUAGCAGGUCAACAGGGCGAGGGCCAGUCCCCUGGAAAUCUACCUAGCGCUUCGCCUACAGCUGCACCUAGGCCUUCGCAGUCGGCACAGCCAUCACCCCCAGCGAAUACAAACCCGAAACCGAAGCAACGGUUCCCGGCAGGAACUUACAGCUUCACGGCGGCUUUGAUGUCAGUCCAGACCAGCUGCACGUCCGACCCGGCCGUGUUCGGCUGCUACCCCUUCACGACGUACGGCUCGGCCACGGUCAGCCAGUCGGCGGCGACGUUCGAGUGGACAAUCGAGUCGACAGGCAGCAGCUCCUACCAGCUGUCGUCGGCGGCAGGCAGCGUGAGCAAUGCGACCCUGCUGCCGCAGUUCUCCAAUCUGCCCAUGACGCUCGUCGAGGCCAACACGGACACGGAGCGGUAUACGUUCAACCUGACCAUCGCCAAGGAGUACGUGGUGCCCAACGGCACGGCCACAGUACUGCCCGGGACGGCGGAUUGUUGGUACAACAGUACCGUGGUCAAGGUGGAGCUGUGGACGCGCCAGAGGGCGACCUACCCGCCGAGCAUCACGGACGUGCCGCUGCCCAACACCGACGGAACCGGGUCGACAACGACAGCAGUCUCCCCUUGGCCCUACAGGUUCACCAUGAGUCAGGUCCAAGGUUCCAGCCCGAACGUGCCCGAGUGCCGCAACUCCCAGGGGACAGUGCUUGGGCCGACGAUUAAUGGGGCUGGCGAUUGCCAGUGUUCAUACAAGAAUUAUGAUUUGUAA